GAGUGCACUGCAACCCUUGAAAGCGCAUCUCGCGGUGAGGACCAAUAGCACAUCUUCAUAUCAGCAUCCAUUCCACAGUUGCCUACCAUCGGCUGCGCACCAGAGACGGGCGCUAACUAGGAUAUGUCAAGGCGUGCGAUGCUUUUGCUUGAUUAAUGCCUUUUCUUUCCUUGGAUUGUACUGUUAUGUUUUUUUAAAUCUACAUUUUCCAAGAUGGUUUAUGAGGUUUCACCUUGAUGUGCACAAUAUCAAAUGAAUUUGCUGCUACUGUUUAGGAAGCCAUCACUGCAGUGCCAUUAUUUUUUCAUUUACUGGAGGACAAAUAUUACACUGCACUUUUGACCUAGCUGAGAAGGAGAGCCAAGUGCAAAGAGAGAAUCUGCUCAGACCGACUCCUGAUCCAUCCAGUACGUACCUUUCCUGUCAGGACUACAAGGACCUACCGUGGCAUUAGAUGCCUGAGAGGAACUGACGCUUGUAGCCAGGGUCUCCCAGCUCAGAAGCAUUGAGAUCCUCAGGACCUCCCCUGCCAUUCUCUCUGGUCGGUCAUCCACUAACCCAGAGAGGCUAACGCCCCUGGAUAUUGCUACACAGUCACCAUGGGAACCGUGCUGUCUCUCUCGCCCAGCUACAGGAAGGCGGCCCUCUUCGAAGAUGGGCCAGCCACAGUGGGCCACUACGCGGCCGUUCAGAACAGCAAGAACGCCAAAGACAAGAAUCUGAAGCGUCACUCGCUCAUCAACGUUCUGCCAUGGAAGCGGAUCGUGGCUGUGUCGGCCAAGAAAAAAAGCUCAAAGAAGGUGCAGCCCAACGCCACAUACCAGAACAAUGUGACCCAUCUCAACAACGAGAACCUGAAGAAGUCUCAGUCCUGCGCCAACCUGUCCACCUUCGCUCAGGACCAGAGCACCCCGGCCCUCGUCAAGAGCUCCAACAAUGCCGUCUCGUCAGUCAAGAAGGCCCCCCUGACCAACUCUAAUGCAGCCCCCGGCACGCCCAAGAGGGUGAUCGUCCAGGCCUCCACYAGCGAGCUSCUGCGCUGCCUGGGUGAGUUCCUGUGCCGGCGCUGCUACMGACURAARCACMUGYSYCCCACYGACCCGGUSCUGUGGCUGCGGAGCGUGGACCGCUCGCUGCUUCUUCAGGGUUGGCAAGAUCAGGGGUUCAUCACCCCGGCCAACGUGGUGUUUGUCUACAUGCUGUGCCGCGACGUGGUCUCCUCCGAGGUGGCCAACGAGCAUGAGUUGCAGGCCGUGCUGCUCACCUGCCUCUACCUGUCCUACUCAUACAUGGGCAAUGAAAUCUCCUACCCGCUCAAGCCCUUCCUGGUGGAGAGCUCCAAGGAGACCUUCUGGGACCGCUGCCUGUCCAUAAUCAACCUGAUGAGCGCUAAGAUGCUCCAGAUCAACUCGGACCCGCACUAUUUCACCCAGGUGUUUGCCGACCUAAAGAACGAAAGCCAGAAGGAGGAGGAGAGGAGCCGCUUGCUCAUUGGUCUGGACCGGUGAGGGUCCCGGGGCUCAGGGAAGGGGAGGAAAACCAGGGGAGGAGAGGGAAACCAGGGGAGAGGGGUCUACACCAGUUUAGUAUUUCAAAAUGGGGGAGGGGGAUUGGUUGAGGGAGUAGGAAGAGAGGAGUGGGGAAGUUUUGAUGGGAAGAGAUUCAUUUUUAGGGUUAAUUUGGCUCUGAUAUAGCCAGAACGUUUUAGAUUAUAAGCAUGUUUGAGAGCUAACAGUACAACAGUUCACUGAAAGAGGGACAAUGGAACGCAGUUUGAUGAAAAAAACGAAAACAUUUUAUGGUAAAAAUCCUAUUUAUCUCAAGUUUUCUGAAGACCAAACUAAUAUUUUUCGAAGGAAAGAGAAUUGCAUUUUAACUUCACUUUUGACACCUAACAAAAAUGCCAGACUCGGGUACAUUCUCUGCUUACGUACAUGUAUAACUACAUUGAAAAAUACAAAACCGACAAUGAAAAAAACAAACAAUAGAAAAGGAACACAAAUCUACAGCGAUGAAUGUGGAGACGACUGAGGCUGCAGCACCCUACCAACUACCUGCUGUUUGUUCUGACUGUCUGAGAUGCACUGCCUACAACGGGAUGGUAAAGGGCCCUUGCGUGACUGGGCUAGUGUUCACAUCAACAGACAAGCUGCAACGCUGGCUCUUUAGACUGUGAAGUGAAAACCCAUGUACCCCCACUGCAAGGAAGGAUAUGGACUCGACAGUUCUGCUGCAGUGCUAACAGUAUCUGAUCUGAAUGGAAAAGUGGGGGCACGGAUGUUGGAUACAUGUUGUUGUGGCUUUAUUGUUUGUGACUUGGCGAGAGGGGUUUGGUGGAGAAAGAUUGGUUCAGAAGGACUUGACAACAGGCCUGAAUUGCAUUGUGGGUUUUUUUUUUUUACAACAAGACAAUAGGACAUGAGGAAAUACAACAUCAAACACAAGGCUUGAUUAUCACACUUCAUGUUAAGACCUACUUUAUUUUCAUCUCAGAAAAAAAUUGAUGUUUUACUCUUCAAAUGCUCAAGCCCAGGGUGGUUUAUUUAUUGAUUUUCUUAAAAAGCUUUUAAUUUUUACAUAGAAAUAAUAAACUAAUGCACGUGUGCCAUGCAAUUUCUUGAAUUUCUGAUGACAAUAAUGACUUUACUUCUUUCCAUUUGAUCUGUAAUUAAACCAUCUGCGUUAGAGAAUGCUGUGAAAACUAGUGUAUUUAGCUAUGCUUGCUAAAAUAGGCUAUUUGUUUACCAAGGAAUAAUUUUGUAUUUUUGUCUAAAGGUUGUAUCUAAAAACACUUUGGAAUGAAGGUCCAUAUUCUGCUACAAGACAUUUAGCUUUAACAAAUGUUUAGCUAGUGCCAUAUCUUUGAUGAAAAUCCUGUAGGUCUGAAAACACAUCUACAUGUUGAGUGGAUUUCCAUCUUAUAACUAAUUGAAACUUAAUUUAUUUGUUAUCUUGGCACAUCCCUUGUACUCAAAAGAUCAUGAAUGAAUGAUGAAUUGGUCUGUUUAAAAGAACCGGAUGUGAAAGAAUGGGUUUUGUGAGUAACUGGUGAGUUUAUCUCUGGUGGGAAUGAAGAUCAAUGGUUGUUGCAAAUGAAUGUUGCAGGGAAUAAGCUAUAGAUUGACCCUAGAUUAAAAACCAAUAAAAAGUCUGACCAUCGCCAAAGUAACUACCACAUCAGAGAGACCUUGAGUAAAGACAAAGACCCUAGAACCCUAGACACAGAGCAAUCCCAAACCCAACACACCACCCAGCUCCACAUAUCAACAAGACAACAUAACCAUCAGCCAAUGGCAUGCCAUUACACUCAGAACCACUAAGUGGCACAUCAGAGAAUAUGACAGGUAGCCUCCCCUGGAAUAAUCUCUCAAUGCCAAUAUUAAUCAAAUCUAAGACAACAAUGUAUUCAGCUGGGGAGGAGAUGAGAUUAGGUUAUACUGUAGGUUCUAUCCAAGUUGACCUCCAUGGAGAUAAUCAGGUUUUCAAUCAGCUGAAGCCACUCUGAGAAAUGGACGAGCAUAGAGGGCGAUUAGGAACACCAUGACAGCCAUGACUACAUCUACGUGAGAGCAAAUGGAGCAGUCAAGAUACAUGGCUACCAUUUCCAUUGAAUAACUGUAAAGGCUAGAAACUGGUAGAAUGAUAGCACCUCCAUCUCCUAUAACUAAUAAGAUAAAAGGGAGGUGGUAGGUUUUUCUGUCAACCACUGCUACAGUAUAUGUUGUAAGAGAUAAGUGGGAUUGAAUCCACAGUUUAACAGGAGUAAGUUGUCAAUAGAAUACUAGGGGAUUAUUUUUUUUUUUUAAUCAAACAAAUCAAAAUAAUAAUUAUGAUAAGAGUAUAUGCCCGCUUUUCAUCAUCUCAACAGUGAGAAAUGAUGCAUGCUUUGUUUCAUAGUUGUUUCUCAAAUUUCUUUCUGGAAAUGCAAAAUGGUUGAUAGUCAUAUGCAGACAAUACUUUUUUGUUGUUGUUUAAAAAAAAAAAAAAUGAAUGCUGAAAAAAAGGCUAUUCUCUUCUCUCAUGUGAAGAUGGUUGUUCUUAGGGACUGUUGGUUGAUAUGAUCAUCUCUCUCCUCUGCUGUAUCAGUUGGAGUCAAAGAGAAAAAUGAAUGGUGCAAGUGUUCACGUGUUGUGGACACAUUGUUCCUUGUCACGGGGAGAUGAAAUGCAAUGGGAAAUGGGUUGUUGUGUAGUGCAAUAGGGGGGGACACGCACUUGACAGGCUACUGCUCUGGGGAAAAGGCAGGGCAUAUGGGGUCAAGGGUCAAAAGCAGGGGAAUCUUGACCCUCUCGCCCCAACUCACUGAAAUGUGCCAUUUUUUUCAAUUGUAUCACUGAUUAGUUGUUUGAAAAAGACUUGAAAAACCUUACAAAAUGAGAGAAAAAAGACGUGAUAGUUAGAACACUUCUGUUGACUUCUUUUUCUGUAUCUUGUUGCGUACUUUGUAGAACAAAAAAGAAACAGUGUUAAAGAACUUCAGAAGGGUAUUUCAUUGACUGCAUGUGUGGCGAGUGUAAGUGUGUGUGUGUGUGUGUGUGAGAGAGAGUUUAUUUGUACAGAAGAAUGUGUGAAGUUUGUUUUCUUACAACCAAUAGGAAGUGGAAAAAGAGGAUACUCUACACUGAUUGGCUACUAGUUAUUUUGAAAAAGCCUUUGCUGUAAUUGAACCUUUUCCAGUUUGUUUCUGCUUACUUUAAUUUAUUUUUGUACUGUGAUGAAAAAUAAAAUGCACUGAUUGCUCAUGAUGCA